CCUGCCGCCUGCCUGCCUGCCUGAACAUGGCGUUCCGCGACAUGGUGGACUUGGCCUCCGGCCUGCAAGGCCAGGAUUGGGGCUCCCUCGACCCAGAGCAGCAGACCAAGCUCUCCCACUACAAGAUAAACACCAGGAUUGCUAAUGAGAAAUAUCUUCGGUCACACAAGGAAGUGGAAAUGCUGCUGUCGGGAUUUCUCAGGGAAGUUCUGCUGCGAAGACCAAAUAAUAUACGGGAGUUUGCUGCUGACUACUUCACCAACCCGGAACUCCCGAAGAAGAUCCGGCAGCAGGUGAUGGAGAAACUCAACGAGGCUAUCUAAGCGACGCCUCGCACUCGGGGCCCCUCUCGGAGGAGAACGCAAACUCUUUGCUUUUGGACUUGCCAUCACAAAUGAAAGAGACCUUCUUCCCACUGCAUGCAGCCAAAGGGGUUGUCUGCAUCUCGCUUCUGCUCAAGAGGAGACCCACUGAAACAAACGUCCACCAAUUUCAGUGGGUCUCCUUGGAGCAGGACUGAGGAGCGGACAACCCAACUCUUUUACUCUUUGGUGUUUUAAUUUAACCUCUUCUCCUCCGGGUCCGGAGGAGAAAGAAUAAAGCUGGACUUCCAA